AAUCUGGCGAUCUGCGAGUUCGAUCUGCUGAGUGUAUUUUUACGUAAAAAUGUAUAUUAUCGAAUAAUUAAUACGAAUGAUGGACGAAAACGACUUCUUCAGGCAAACCGUGCAGCACCUGGCACGAUGUUUGUCGAAUAUAAACCCCACACCAUGGGAAAAGGUGAACACCCUAUUCAUGCUCUGCCCUCAAGCGGGCUCAUCGCUGGUCGUGACUCCGCGCAGUCAAGAAGCCUGCAUAGCGCUCGGACUGUACUUCCUCCAAAGUGGUCUCCAACACCAGGAUAAACUCCUCCCGUACUUCCUGAAGGUCCUCAAAUGCCUAGCUAACGCGCAGUUUGAGGAGCCGCUGUAUAAGAUCAAGAAUGGCGACCGUAUACCAAUGUCAGAGAAGUUCAGCUUCUGCCUCAACACACUCCUCUCAGACGUCGCCUCAAAACAGACAGCGAUCAGGGAGGAAAUCAUCACAGCGCAAAUAGAACUUAUGUCCAACCUCACAAAGAUCAUAAUGAACUGCCACGAAAGCAAAGACUACACGCAGAGUGUCUCAAAGCUGCAGCUGUGCAAGAAUACCAUACCGGUUCUGAUAGGUCUUGCUAGAUCUAUGGGAAGAUAUGCGACUAUAGAUCCUCCCUUACUCUGCCGGUUGUUUCCCCAGCCGAGCAGUCCGGCCAAAGCGAAGGAGGCUGAGCCAAACUUUGAGUAUUCUACUCUGGAUAAGAAACGAAAGUUCAACCAAUUCAGGCCGAUUAUACCACGAUCAUUGUCCGGGAAUUUGAACCCGAACAACGAGAUUUUGAUUGAGAAUGGGACCGACACGAUUGACAGUGCUGGGGGUACAUUAAAAAGGGGGUCUCUUCACAGCUACAGUUCGGUCCCUUACGAUCCGACAACGUACUUCUUUCACAAGUUUGGAUCCAGUUUCAACCAGUUUCCGUACAUGAGGUUCUCGGAGUCGCCCGAGAAACGGAUCAGUGUGCAGUUCUACGUGACGUAUCUGCAGUCGAUACUGUCGCUCGCUAAGAAGCUGCUGACCAAAGAUUUGCUGGCAUUUUUAGAUGAGGAGGCUGAGGAUAUUCACGCUUCGGGGCAGAUUCAAGUGUUCCCAUACAAAUCAUUUUCGGAAACGCUAAACUUGGUGAUGGUGACAUUGCUGCGUGAGUUGUUGCAGCAUCAGAAAGACCUGCCUGGACCGUUCACCAAAGAUGUGCAGGAAUUUGUCAAAUGCCUCUUCCUAAGCGGCCAAACGGAACUGCAAAGUCGCCACCACGACGCCUCUGAGAGGGAGGACAGAGAGACCAACUUUGCUACCGUGAACAAGUUCAAAGUCAACGUCAUGGCUAACUCGGCAUGUGUCGACCUGCUAGUGUGGGCUAUUGGGGAUGAGACAGGUGCGGACUCUCUCUGCGGACGCUUGACGGAGAAGAUAAACUCCAACCACAACCAUAAACUCAUACUGGCUCACAUGCCUUUACUGAUGGUUUGUUUGGAAGGUUUAGGCAAACUAGCGACCAAGUUUCCGACCAUCGCGAACACCUCAAUAUACUGCUUGCGAGACUUCCUGGUAACACCUUCGCCGAUCCUAUUCAAGCUGCAUAAGCUGGAGCUGGAGAAAACUGGCAAGGAACACAUGAAGGUCACUUUGCAAGGCAAAGAGCUCCAAGGGUUAACAGAGACAGGCGUUCCAGUCAAGUCCACGCCCUUCGAGAAGCUUCGAGACGCGGCCAUAGAGAACCUUUGCGUGGCGCUUGAAGCGGCUUUAACUGUGGACCAGUUCUGUGUACCAGCGCUGGUCGGAUCUGUCAGCAAUAGGCUGUUCACCGCUGAGACUAGUGACAGUGAGUCGUCACUAAUAAGCACCAACAUAGUUAUCAUGUUGGGCCACGUAGCGGUCGCUUUGAAAGACACACCAAAGACUACGGAUACGAUUCUGCAAUUCUUCCAGCAAAGGCUCUGCCGGUCGCCGUCAUCCCUAGACACCCUGAUAGUAGACCAGUUAGGCUGCAUGGCGCUGGCCAGCCCAGAAGGGCCCGCCCAUGACGAGAUAAUGCGGAUGUUCACCGUCAUCACGGUAGAAGCAGCCAGCGCUGCCUACCACCACACCGACGAUAGGAAGCAGUACAGACACGUCUCAGGCGCAGUCCUAAACGCUCUCGCCAACAUCGCCGCCAAUGUCAGAGGAACGUCAGCCAGGUUGGAACUCCUCACUCGACUGUUAGAACUGUUCGUGCAGCUAGGCCUCGGGGGAGAGCGGGCUACGGACCGCUCGCCCGCGCCCGUGUUGAAAGCGUCGGGGAGCGCGGGGAAUUUGGGCGUACUCAUACCUGUUAUAGCGGUUCUAGUCAAAAGGUUGCCACACAUAAAAAACCCGAAACCUCGUCUCCACAAACUGUUCAAAGACUUCUGGCUCUACUGCGUCGUCAUGGGCUUUACUGCCGCAGAAUCAGGACUCUGGCCUCAAGAAUGGUACGCUGGAGUGAAAGAGAUAGCCGUCAAGUCUCCCUUCCUCGUCUCUCAGACGUCACUGCGCUCGGAAAUGCGCGAACUUCAAUACACGUCAGCUGUCAGGAACGAUUCUGUGUCACAAAUUGAGUUGCAGGAGUUGAAGACUCAGAUCUUGAACUUGUUGGAACAUCCUGCUGAUGUGACGGUUAUUGUCAACAAGUUGACGUUUGCGCCGUGCAUGUAUCUGCUGAGCGUUUACUGGCUGGAGACUUUGAGGGUAACGAACUCUCCAGAGCCGAGUCUACAGCCGAUCAUAGAGUAUUUGAGUGACACCGCGCUUCAGAAAGACAAGAGUGGAAUGUGGCAAUGUGUUGCCAGUGUUGGCGACAAAGUAUUCCAAAAGUUCCUUGACGUAAUGUCAGAGAAAGUCAAAGAUGAGUCCCGGGAGAGGGAACUAGAGAGUCACGCUCAGUUCCUACUGGUGAACUUCAACCACAUCCACAAGCAAAUCAGAAGGGUCGCCGACAAGUGGCUGGCCGGCUUGGUGGACAGAUUCCCUCAUCUCUUAUGGAACUGUAGGGUGCUAUGGUCAAUGCUGGACAUCCUUCAAGUAUUGAGCUUCAGUCUGGAACUUGACGCAAACCAAGAAACACCUCUGUUGAAGGUGCCCGGCACUGACUUCACUCUACAGCUGCAAGACACAUUGGAAGGGAGAGAGAGCAUCGUAAAAGACUUCGCCGACCGUUGCCACGGCAUUGUCCAAGAGGCUAUGAAAUGGGCGCCCCAGUCGACAAGAUCACAUUUGCAAGAAUACCUCAACCAAGUUCCAAAUUCAACGCUUUGGCACCACUGUGGUCUAGCAUUAGCUACGGGUGCGUUAUUAGGCGCAGCUGGUCUCAAUCGUAUGUCAGCGCCUUUACCCCGCGCUGCGUUGGACAAGCGGCCGCCUUGUGUGACUCAAGACUCGGCUGCUUUAUUAGCUGUAGUGUCGCAACGAAGUCGAUAUGCGGGCGAGGUAGCAGGGGCAGUAUUCGCUGAAGGUGGCGGCGAAGCUGCCGUUUGGAGGGUAGGCGCGCGCCUCCACACAGCACUCAAGGAAGCCUGUUCAAGUGGGAGUGAGACCUCCCACCGGGCCGCGCUUUGGAGGGCCACGGCGCUGUUAGUCCACGCGAGACACUUCAACAUACAUGCCAAUACGGCACCUACUGCGAGGGCACUGUUACAUUCUGUUGGCUUCAAAGAAGCCUGCUCUAGUGGGAGUGAGACCUCCCACCGGGCCGCUCUGUGGAGGGCCACGGCGCUGUUGGUCCACGCGAGACACUUCAACAUACACGCUAAUACCGCGCCCACUGCAAGGGCAUUGUUACAUUCUGUUGAGGCCUGCUCUAGCGGGAGCGAGACCUCCCAUCGAGCCGCGCUUUGGAGGGCCACGGCGUUGUUAGUCCACGCGAGACACUUCAACAUACACGCUAAUACCGCGCCCACUGCGAGGGCACUGUUACAUUCUGUUGCGUGGUCACAAGUGGAAAUCUUCACGGAGGACGCGGUCAGCACGGCGGUGGAGUGCUGGCAGUGGCUGACGACGUCCCGGCCGGACCUGGAGCUGCGGCUGGUGCAGGAGGUGUUCGCGGCCUGGCAGUGCACCGCGGACCGCAGGAUGGGGCUGUUCUCGCGGCAGGCCGACGAGAUCAGCCCGCUGGCCGCCUAUGAAGGUGCAAAACUGGAGCCCCGACCGCCAUUCGUGGCGCCGCAUGCGGUGUGGGUGCGCUACUUGUGCGAGGUGGCCGAGACCGCCAAAUACAACAGCCUGGAGAAGGUUGAGAUGUUGGCUAGUUUACUGCACAGAUCUUUACCAAUCACCGUUGGUGAUGUGAGGGAUCACAUCAAUCGUCACGUGGAAGCAGUUGGUGUCAGGUUUAGGCUACUAUCCUGCGGCCUGUCCCUUCUCCAAGGGGACAUUCUCCCCAAGUCGCUAGCUCGCAACAUUCUCCGCGAGCGAGUAUACAGCGCUUGCUUAGACUACUUCUGCCGAGGUCUGCAAUGCCCUGCCAAGAUAUCAGGAGCCUUGAGAGAGGACAUCAUCAGCUUAAUCAAGUUCUGGCAGCUGAUGCACUCGGAUAAGAAGUAUUUGAAGAGCAGCGAUAUUGGCGGUGAAUUCGAAUUGAUGGGACCAAGCAGUCAGCAAAGCAUUUACACGUCAAAUUCCCCAACUGACAACCGGUCAUCUGUGAAUAGCAGUGACAUUGGUAGCAGGCAGAAUACAGGAUGGAUAAAUACGGUUCCCAUGUCCACCACGACGUUAAGCAGUGGCGCUGGCAGCAUAGCGGGCAAGCGUUCCAACCGCAGCGUGAAACCGCCCGCCAAAUCGCAGGACACGUUUGUCAAAGACUAUGUUAGGAAGAGGAAUCUUAUAUUAGAACUUAUGGCAGUCGAAAUAGAGUUCCUAGUAACAUGGCACAACCCCCACGGUCGGCCAGAGCAAGCGGUGCCGGGUGAAGACAAUAUAGCGACGUGGCGCUCCAAGCCCAACACAGAUCGCACUUGGAAGGACUACGCGAAACUGGCGUGGGAUAUCAGCCCGACCCUCGCCGUGUUUUUGCCUGAGAGAUUGAAAGCCGAAAGCAUCACAGCCGAGAUCAGACGGAAGGUGCUAGCACACCCAAUAGCAGUGUGCCACGUUCCCCAAGCACUGAAGUACCUGGUCACCACCGAUACCUUGCUAGGAGACGCGCAUGAGCUAGUCCACAUGGUGACAUGGGCGCGCGUGAGUCCCGUCGAAGCGCUAUCAUACUUCAGCCGACAAUACCCGCCGCACCCUCUAUCGGCGCAGGCGGCGGUCAUGACUCUGACUUCCUACCCUUCGUCUGCCGUGCUGCUGUAUAUCCCGCAGCUGGUGCAAGCCCUUAGGCAUGACACGAUGGGUUACGUCGCGGAGCUGAUCAAGUCUCUGGCGAAGAAGUCCCAAGUGGUGGCCCAUCAGCUCAUCUGGAACAUGCAUACCAACAUGUACACUGACGAGGAGAUGCAUAAUAAAGACACCGCGCUAUUCGACGUGCUAGAAGCUCUCACAAAGAGCAUAGUGGACACGCUAUCAGGGCCAGCCAAGGCGUUCUACGAGCGAGAGUUCGAUUUCUUCGGCCAGAUCACCAACAUUAGUGGCAUCAUCAGACCUUUCCCGAAGGGAGCUGAGAGGAAGAGGGCGUGCUUGGAAGCGUUGAAAAACAUUAAGGUUCAACCAGGCUGCUACUUACCCUCUAAUCCGGACUCUAUGGUAUUGGACAUAGACUACAAAAGCGGAACCCCCAUGCAAAGUGCUGCAAAAGCUCCAUAUCUGGCUAGAUUCAGGGUGCGGAAGUAUGGCAUAGAAGAGAUGGAAUCUGUCGCCAUGGCGAUUGCUUCAGGGGAAGACCCACCAGUCGAGGAAGGCAAAGACAGAUACACGUCCAUAGUGUCGGAGGCGUGGCAGGCGGCCAUCUUUAAAGUGGGCGAUGACGUCAGGCAAGACAUGCUCGCGCUGCAAGUGAUAUCGCUGUUCAAGAACAUAUUCCAACAAGUCGGCUUGGAUCUGUACUUGUUCCCGUAUAAAGUUGUGGCUACGGCGCCUGGGUGCGGCGUGAUAGAGUGCGUGCCGAACGCAAAAUCCCGAGACCAGUUGGGACGACAGACUGACAUCGGCAUGUAUGAAUACUUCAUCAAGAAAUACGGAGAUGAGACUACUAGAGAAUUCCAGGCGGCCAGGAGGUGUUUCGUGACAUCCAUGGCGGCGUACAGCGUGAUCGGCUUCCUGCUGCAGAUCAAGGACCGGCAUAACGGGAACAUCAUGCUGGACACUGACGGACAUAUCAUUCACAUAGAUUUCGGCUUCAUGUUCGAAUCCUCACCCGGUGGUAAUCUCGGGUUCGAACCUGACAUCAAGCUGACGGACGAGAUGGUGAUGGUGAUGGGCGGCAAGAUGGAGGCGCCGCCAUUCCGCUGGUUCUGCGAAUUAUGCGUGCAAGCGUUCCUCGCUGUCAGGCCGUACCAAGAAGCGAUCAUCUCCAUGGUAUCCCUUAUGCUCGACACGGGCCUACCCUGCUUCCGAGGGCAGACCAUCCGUUACCUACGCGCGCGCUUUGCCCCUAACUCUACAGAGAAAGAGGCUGCUGCUUUUAUGCUGUCCAUCAUCAGGAGUUCCUUCCUCAACUUCAGGACCCGGACGUAUGACAUGAUACAGUAUUACCAGAACCAGAUACCAUAUUAAUUGGUCAUUUUAUGGUAUGGCAAUCUUGUAAAUGAGGCGUGCUUGAAGAGGCACUUAAAAAGUUUUACAGAUGGUAAUAUUAUGAUGGCAAUCUUCUGAAUCAGGCAGGUAGAUAAUGAUAUAGCCAAAAAGGCAUAAUGUCUGGAAAAUUGGAUAUAAUAUACCUCUAGAGAAGAAAGUUAAAUUUUUCACUUUUUCAAGAAAUUCAAAUUUCAUCACUUUUCCUUGUUUCUGAACCUCAUCUAUUUUUACAUGCAAUACCUAUUUCUUAACUUGCUCAGUGAACUCAUUUUUAUUAAAAAUUGUUUACGAUAUCCAGUUGACCUUAUAGGUUUUCAAGAUUGUCGUCGUAUUAAAAACGAAGAUCUACAUGCCAUUUAGAAGCUCCAUGUCGGUUUGAGUCGAAUUGAGAAAGUGAUUUCAUCACAAUUAAUGCAAGCGUAAUUUAUUUAUCAUGAAUUUUCAAAUAGAGGUCAACAUUCAAUAUCAAUCAUCUUGUAGAAAAUAAUACAAACUCCUGUAACUGUUUUAUUAUUAUUUAUCGGUAUUGCUCUUGAAAACUAACUCAACUAAAAA